UUUAGGAACACCUCACCCACUGCGCCCCCACACUGAAGAAUCCUUUCUUUCUUUCCUGUCUUCCACUUUCCUUCCCUCCUUAUCCACUUCCUAUCUCCCUUCCUUCAUUUCUCCUUCUCUUUUACUUUUUCCCCUUCCGUCUAUCUCUCUGUCUUUCCUGCAGCACUGUUUUUCCCUAUCUUCCCUCCUGCGCUGACAGAUUAUCUCCCAUAUAACCAGCUGUGCUGGAUCCUAGAACUACGAAGAUGACCGGGACGGGGACUUUAUCCUUGAGAAUCUCACGGUUUAGUGUGAGGACCCAGCUGCCCCUUUCUCCAGCACCUUCCUUGCCAUCUCCCCUACGCACCUAGGUUAAGGGACUUGCGAGAAGGCAGCCAGGUUCCAGCUACAGUCCGCCUAAUCCAAACUUCGAAAGUGCGACCUGUUCUUGCCCGUCUCUGACUCUGCUCCUCCCCCUGCAGCCUGGUCCACCUGCCCCAUGGGGAGGGACAACCUGACCUGGGUGGAUGAGUUUGUCCUACUGGGGCUCUCCAAUGACAGGCAGACCCAGGCGGGACUCUUUGUCCUGUUUGGGGCCGCGUAUCUGCUGACCCUGCUGGGCAACGGGCUCAUCAUUGUCCUGAUCCUACUGGACACCCGCCUGCACCUGCCCAUGUACUUCUUCCUCUGCAACCUGUCGGUGGUGGACAUCUGCUACACCUCCAGCGGGGUCCCGCAGAUGCUGGUGCACUUCCUCUUGGAGAAGAAGACCAUCUCCUUUGCCCGGUGUGGGACCCAGCAUUUCUUCUCGCUGGCCCUGGGGGGGAUCGAGUUCCUGCUGCUGGCUGCUAUGGCUUAUGACCGCUACGUGGCGGUCUGUGACCCCUUACGCUACGUGGCAGUCAUGGGCCCAAGGCGCUGUGCGGUGCUGGCAGCGGUCUCUUGGUUCGUGGGCAUAGCUAAUUCUGCAGUGGAGACAGCGGUCACCAUACGCCUGCCCACGUGCGGGCACAAUGUGCUGAACCAUGUGGCCUGUGAGACACUGGCACUCGUCAGGUUGGCCUGCGUGGACAUCACUCUCAACCAGGCAGCCAUCGUGGCCUCCAGCGUGGUGGUGCUGCUCGUGCCUUGCUGCCUGGUCUCACUGUCCUACGCCUGCAUCGUGGCCGCCAUCCUACAGAUCCGCUCCACGGCGGGACGCCGCAAAGCCUUCGGGACCUGCGCCUCCCACCUCACCGUGGUCUCCAUGUCUUACGGGAUGGCCCUGGUUACCCACAUUCAGCCCCGCUCCACAGCCUCAGCCAGCCAGGAGAAGGUGGUGGUGCUCUUUUAUGCUGUAGUGACCCCCAUGUUGAAUCCGCUCAUCUACAGUCUACGGAACAAGGAGAUGCAGGCUGCUCUGAGCCGGGUUCUGACGGGCAGCUCUGAAUCAAAGCGUUAGAAUGUGACUUUGUCAACAGAGGGUCUCACUCUGAAGACAGUGGGCACUGGGGCGUGCCUUCCAUAUAGUGUGCGUGUGUGUGUGUGUACGGGAGCACAUGGGAGGACCACAAUUGGCAAUUCUAUCCUUUGAGGUAACAGAGAAAUGGAAUUUUGUCUCUGAACUCU